CAUCAUCUGCAAGAACUAAAACAACAAGAGCAGGAGCAACAGCAACAGCAAAAACAACAGCAACGACACCGACAACGACAACAACAAUCGAAUCAACAAUGGGCCAGAACAAGUGGGUUACGGUAUUUCGUGAAUACAAGUGUGGAUGGACUGCCAGAAGUUGUAAUGGUUACCGCAUUUUCGGAUAACCAUUUCAAUGAAGCAAUUGAAAUGGUGCGUUCAUUUCCAGCUUUUGAAGCUAACAGUAAACUGAAAGGAAGCGAUUCUCAAGCUCGUACGGAAGGCAACUGCAACGUAACUGAUUUUUUGUUCUUCUCGGAUCCAGGACACAGCAUCUUCGCAGCUACCGCCUACGAUACAUAUCGAUAUUUGCCGAGCGAAAUCGGGAUGUUGAAGGAAACGACGAUGCUGGAAUCAAAUACUAUGCUUUUCAUUCGCACACAGCCUGUUGCAAACAUUCUGAAAUGGGCAGUUGCAUGCGCUUUGGAAAAGGAGUGCAUGGGACUUGGAUCAGGUGGGAGGAAGUUUGAACUGCAGUGCAGUUUUGCCAGCGAUGACCACUACAGGAAAUAUGCGCACUGUCAUCGCUUUGACCAAAGUGUUUUUAAUCUCUUGAUGGCCAAUCAGUAUGGCUUCGAGACCCGCAGAUAUUUUAAGGACGGAAAGAAUCUGUUUGAAAUUUAUCGCGGAGCGAGUCGAAUCAUCACUGCCGAAGGCUAUUUGAUCAAUACUUUUUCUUUGGACGGAUUGUUCACCGAGAAUGUGUCGUUGCACUUUUAA